CCCAGUGUCAUCUUUUUCACCAAAUCUAAACACUACUGGUUACCAAUUCUGUCCAAGCUCAUCCAUGAUCACCAUCUUUACAAUGAAGAUUUGUUAAAUUAACAAAUGAUGACCUCUGAGUUUACGAAAUAAUGCAAAUGAGUGAGGUAAGAAAGGAAUAGUGUAAAACGGAAGGUACCCAGUGACCCACAUCACACAGAAGCACACACAUUUGCUCCGUGACUGAACCUACGCUUUCAUUGUGUGAUUGGAGAAUGACUUUGGCUGAGAGUUGACUAGUCACAUGGUUGGCCCUGCCUUCAUAAACGAAUGCUGCAUGCUGGAGACACUACAUCUGACAGAGAACUGGAAUCUAAAAUGAACUGGGCGUCUUUUUAUGCUGCCAUCAGCGGCAUAAACCGGCAUUCAACCGGGAUAGGGCGGAUAUGGCUGUCCGUCCUCUUCAUUUUCCGGAUCUUGAUUCUGGUGGUGGCGGCAGAGAGCGUGUGGGGUGAUGAGAAAGCCCAUUUCAUUUGCAACACCCAGCAGCCGGGCUGCAACAGCGUGUGCUACGACCACUUCUUUCCCAUCUCUCACAUCCGUCUAUGGGCCCUGCAACUCAUCAUGGUCUCUACCCCCGCCCUGCUGGUUACCAUGCACAUUGCACAUCGUCGGCACAUCGAGAAAAAGCUGUACCGCCAGGCAGGUCGCACCAGUCCAAAGGAUCUGGAGCAGAUAAAGAAUCAAAAGAUGAAGAUCACAGGAGGACUCUGGUGGACUUACAUGAUUAGCCUGUUGUUCCGUGUGCUGUUCGAAUCUGCAUUUAUGUAUCUGUUCUACAUGAUUUACCCCGGCUAUAAGAUGUUCCGGCUGGUAAAGUGUGACUCGUACCCCUGCCCAAACAUAGUCGACUGCUUUGUGUCCAGGCCUACAGAGAAAACAGUGUUCACUAUAUUUAUGCUUGCCGUAUCCGGCGUCUGCAUCCUGCUCAACAUUGCAGAAAUCAUCUUUCUUGUCGCCAGGGCAACAAGUCGACACCUGAAUAAUUCUAAGGACUCCCCAGUGGGAGCCUGGAUCACUCAGAAACUGUUUUCAUUUUAGAAGUGCUCAGAUCAAUUUACUCCUAAAGUCUAAAAUAGAUUUCACACACAAUGUUAAUGAGUGCUAAUAAUAUGCUCACAUUAUGUACUGAUGACUUUGUACAACAAUAUGCACAUAAUAUUACUCCCAACACUUUUAAAUGAAAAGCUGUUUAAAGAAAUUGUAUACUUAUAAAUUGGAGCUAAAAAUACAACAAUAAAAUACAAUACUUUG